AUGAGUCAAUCAUCAUCAUCAUCAGCCCCUAUUGAAGAAAUGAAUCCAGAUUGGAAGAAUCAUCAAGUAUUUGGAGAAUAUAAUCCAAAUUUUCAAGCACCAACAGUUGAAGAGUUGUGUCACGCUCAUCCAGAACGUUUACAAAACAUUAAUGAAUUGAAAAAGAGAUGUGAAGUUUGGAUUCCAUCUCUUGGAUUGGAAGAACAAAAAUUCAUGACAGAAGAGGGAUUACUCCUCUACUAUAGAUAUCUUUCAGGUUACGGUUGGGAUAAAUUAAAGGAAGCUGAAGAGGGUAUUAAAAAGACCUGCGAGUGGCGUGCUAGAGUUAAACCACAAAACUUGACAAUAGAUGACCUUGGGGAAGUUGGAAAAUCAGGAUUUUUAUUCCACUAUGGGUAUGACAAAUGGAAUAGACCUAUUGUUUAUAUUGAUAUGAAAAAGGAUUCUACUCCAAUGACCAAGGAAAAUCUCGAGUUGAAAUAUUUGACAUUUGUCUACUAUACAGAAAAUUUGAUCAAGAGAAUGCCAAAGAAUGUUUAUCAAAUUAGUUGGAUUUUGGAUGUUACAGGUGCCAACGUUUCAAUCAGUCUCGUGAAGCAAAUGAAGGAUACAUUCUUGGAUCUUGGUAUUUAUUAUUGCGAAAGAUUAGCAUUGGCAUUUGUAGUCAAUGUCACAAUGUCAAUUAAUUUGAUCUGGAAGUUUGUUUCAUCAUUUUUGGCCAAGCAAACUGUAGAAAGAUAUCACGUUUUCACAAAGGAUUGUAAGAAAUUACGAGAUGCCCUGCAUCACUUUUUUGAUGAGGGAUCUCUAUUGAAAGAUUUCCAUGGUACAGCAAAUUUUACAUAUAGCACAGAUGUCAUGAAAUCAUUCCAUACACUGGUACCAAUCCAGCAAGUAGAUGUUGUUCGUGACAGUUCAAACUGAAAUAGUUUGCAAUCUAAUAGCAUUUAACUUGUAAAUAAACCCAAUUUUCUAC